CAGUGCGAUGGCGCAGUUGAAUGUGAAACGUGCCGAACCAGCCAGAGCCCUUGUGUAUACAAUCUCAGAAGGGGCCGAGAAGCAAGAAAGUACUACAUCGAGAUGUGCCAGGUCAUGGAGGUAGCCCUACAUCGUCUCUACUUCGCCUGUCGAAGCGGAUCGGGCUUUCCUGGGACUGUGCCUCCUCAAUACGAACACAGUGGCGCAAUCACGACGACAGUCAUCCUCGAAAGCAUGGGGCUCUCUCCGCCAACUCUAGAUGAAUCGCCUUUUCCCCAGGAUCCGACCGCACCCUCUCAUCAAUUACCUGAACACCUGUUUUCUGACCCUUACGCUACGAUACAAAGUCCCGGCCAGGCCGCCAUACAUCCAGUGAACAUGAUGGGCGUCAGCCGACAUCCUCCUCCUCCUACAGUGCCAACAGAGUCUGAUAUGCAGGCGUCCUACCUCAUGGCCAGCUCUGGCUACGAAGGUCUUUGCAGCACGAGACCUGGACUGCAGGCGAUGACGGCUCCUGUGGUCUACCCGUCGGUGUCCGCCCCGAUGUUGCCAGGAAAUAUCUCAGAGUUAACGCCCCACGCCGCUUCCCAUCCUAGUCACCUCGAAUCGCUCUGCAACGUUCAUCCUCGGCUUGGUGUGGCCAUAGGCUGGUCAGGGCCAGGGCCAGGGCCAGGGCCAGGGCCAGGUCCCCCUUUCGGGGCCGGUUCUUAU